CGGUCCCUAUCACGAUGUAAGUUAUUUAAGGAGAGUCAUGUACCGACAGGGAUACAGCCUCACACGCUACACUUGCUUUACCCCUCACAGCUGAAGUCAGCUCUCAGGAUGGUUGAAGCCGAGCGAAGGUGCCAUAUAAGCGACAACAUGGCUAUACUUUCAACCAGUAUCAUCGUCUCUCGCCAAUCUUCGAGCCCCAGCAUUCAGCAAUGUCGACCUGGCUCCCUUUUAUUGUUGCCCACGUAAGGGGUUAUUUCGGGGAUAAGAGCCCUGUCCAGGAUGAACCAGGAUAUUCUUGCUUGCCAUCAGAGACUCAGACUGAUCUGGCCGGCAACACCCCUCGAGAGUCAUUCGACGAACAACAAGAAGGGUUUCCAGCUGCAACUCCGACAAGCAGGGGUCAUUCAAACCCGAUUAACGAUCAGACAUGGCAGAAUUGGGCGAAGCAAAAGACAGGUCGUUCUUACAGAGCGCCUGAAAUACCAAAAGAGCCGCAUGGCUCUGCCUAUCAGAAUCAGGAGCCCUAUGGACUGCCAUUCCCGAAUGGUAGCAUCAGUGAGGAGGGAGGAACCCUAGUGCCCUCGGCGUCAGAGUACGACUCCGACGCAGAGGAAGCCGAUGUGAUACAAGUGAAGCAUCUCGAUCAGGACGAUAUGAUCAAGAAAAUGAUCGAAGCACUAGGCAAAAAGUGUGAUAAUCAGCCAGGAUAUGUGUACACCUUCUUUAACCCAGAGUCAGAGCCCAUAACCAGCAACCCUGUUAAGGUCGGCCAAGCGACGGACCCCGAACAACGAGGAAAUCAACACAAAACAAAUUGCAAGCGCGAAAACUGGGAAAUCGAAUAUGCCCACUCCUUCAGAGGAUACAAAUGUGUGGAGAGACUGGUCUUGAUCGAGCUGCACAACCGGCGAUCUAACGAUGUCUGCAACUGUGGGACAAGACACAGAGAGUACUUCAAUGUUGACAAAGCUUAUGCGUCUGGACUCAUUGAAUCUUGGCAAACCUGGCUGCGAACGUAUGAGCCAUAUACCCGUGGUGGGAUAUUGAAGACUGUCUGGCAAGACCGACUAGACUUGUUUCAAAGCCAGUCUUCUAAGUUUUUCUUGUGCGAAACGUGCAAGGUCAACCGGACUUCCACAUCAGACCCGAAGGCAAAAGAUUGUUGCAUUCGAGCAGGAUGGGAAGCAUGGACUAAUCCAGCGCGGUCCAAGUACAGAUACCAAGCCUUCCUUGCUCUAAUCAAAGACACUCGCAUAUCUCACUCUUUGACAAGGCCCGCCAGGUUCCUUUUGAUGAUUAUAUGGGCGAGGCUUCUCAUUUCCGCCAUAUUUUAUGGCGGUUUACCCAUCCCAGCAUCGUCGGACACAAUAUCCGUGGCGCAUGCAGCAUUUUUGUCGCUUGGAGUAGUCUUUGACCUUCUUGUCUCUGCUAUCUUGUUCCUGUGGGUAUCAUUUGCGCCAAACCGCGAGAUAGCCCGGAUUGAAGACACUGAAGCAUCCGAGUCCCCUCGCAAAGAGAGUAAAGCCGGAGCGGAUUCAGUCAAGGAGUCAUGCACUACUCCGACCAAGUCUAUUAGGAAAAAAGCUGCGGAGAAAACACCGCCGUCGACUCCAAAGAGAAUGGAUAGAAAGGCACCCAAGUCUUCUCCAACCCCUCAAGAAGAUAUGGAACUCAGAGCGAGGCCACGUCACGAGCCGUCUGCUACUCCGAUCAAGUCUCCUAAGACCAAAGGUGUUGGCAAAAGAUCGAGAAAGGUAUCGGAUAGUCCUCCGGCGCUUGGGAAUGAGAAACCAGCCACCAAUGUCAGCAGUAACAUGACACCUCCGCACCACUCGGGAACGACUUGGCCCAUAGAUACCUCGACUCCCCCUGCACUUGGCAAGAUGCUUGAGCGCUCAUUUGACUCCAAUUUAGCCAGGUAGAGGGCAAGGUAUGGGCAGCGCCAUACUCUAUCUUUUUGUGAAUGCCGUUCUAUGGACACUUAAAUCACUAUACCUAUAAACUUGCUUGUGAAUGUUCUGCUUGAUGAUCUAUGUCUUCUAUUGUUUUCUGUUUUUGAGGUGAAUUGACCUGCAGCUGUUUGGGAUGAAUUGACCUGCAGCUGUUUGGGAUGACUUUUCCGCGGUUAGUCUUGGCAUGACUCUUUCUC